AGUGUGAUCCCCUUUUAGAUUUUUCUUCCUCCCUCUAUAUUCUUUCUUCUACUUUAGCCCUACACAAUAUAAACUCACCACAAGGCAUCACCUCUACUAUAAAGAACCAAGAACCUACAUUACCAACUUCAUUCACAGAGAAAUGAAUCCAAUGUUUGAUAGGGAAUGUAGUAGUGGAUGUGAAUCUGGUUGGACUUUGUAUUUAGACCAUGAAGAUUCUUUUCUUUCUCCAUUUCCAUCUCGAAAGAGUGGAGAUGAUUCUGUCAAACAGGAUGAAGAUGAUUACGACGAGGAAGAUAUGUCGAUGCUGUCUGAUGCAUCCUCAGGGCCACCUCAUUUCCGCGAUGAGGAGUACUAUGGGAAUGAUUUGAGCAACAAUGGCUUCUUUGUUCAGACACAUAGUGAUGCUGCAUUGCCUAAGAACAAUGGCAAGAGGAAGAAAAACAGUGAAAAGCGGCGACAGAGAGUUCAGGAACAACAGCUUUCUUUUCUUGAUGACACGGCUAGUUCUCCAAUCUUCGAUGUUUCCAGUAACAACAUAGCACUCUCCAACAAUCAAGCUUCCACGGAGAAUAUGUUGGACUUCUCACAGGCUCACUCUUCGACUCAAUAUGAGGGCAAAACUAGUUUCCGCGAGCAUUAUGGUUUCUGCAAGUCUCCUGUAUCCGGAACAAAACUGCAGCAGAAUCAUUGGAUCGAGAGGAAUAGGGUGGGGAUGAGAUGAAGCUAAAAUCCGCAACACAUCUGCAGUUGCUGCUGCAGCAUAAAGAGGCUUGUCAAAGAUAGAAGGAUUUGGAUGUAAAAGCUCAAUCUUUUAUCUUGUUAAAUUUUCCUUCAGAGUUUCUGUUAAUGUGGUAGGAAACAAUCCGAGAGGAGAAAAAGUAGGGAAAUAAAUUUCCUGUUUUUCCGAAUUCAAUUUUCUUGUCGAUGAAUAGUUUCUGCAUAAGAAUAUUUAAGUUCUUUGUGAGCAAUCUCUUUGUGCAAUAAUGCAUUUUUCUUGUUCU